AUGGCAUCGAAGUUCUCAGCCGGCCUUGCUCUGUUCUUCCUGCUGGCGAGCGUGGCGGUUCUCAUUGCUGUGGCCAUUGUCCAGGUUCACAAGAGGAGCUAUGAGUCCCCAGGGCUGAGGUACGGGAUUGUCCUGGAUGCCGGCUCCUCACGCACUACGGUCUACCUGUACCAGUGGCCUGCCGAGAAGGAGAACAACACCGGCGUGGUCAACCAGACGCUCAGAUGUUUGGUUGAUGGUCCUGGUAUCUCCAGUUUUGGCCAGGAUGCAAUUCAGGACCAAAAGACCUGGAAUUCCAUGGCGGACUGCAUUAAUCGGACCAAACAGGCCGUCCCCCUUGACCUGCAGAGCUCCACCCCCAUUUUUCUGGGGGCAACAGCUGGCAUGAGACUGCUCAGAAUUCAGAAUGAAACGGCCUCAGAUGAAAUAUUAAGGUCCAUGGAGAAGUACCUGCGAAGUUUACCUUUCAACUUCCAGAACGCCUCUAUUAUCUCCGGGGAGGAAGAGGGGCUGUAUGGGUGGAUCACAGCGAACUACCUGAUGGGAAAUUUCCUGGAGAGGAACCUGUGGAAUGCGUGGGUCCGUCCCCACGGUGCCCAGACCGUUGGCUCGCUGGAUUUAGGGGGGGCCUCCACCCAGAUCGCCUUCACCGCUCCUCUGGACGAGGGCAUCGGGACCGAGGGAUACACACGGGUUCGGCUGUACGGUUAUGAGUACAACGUCUACACCCACAGCUUCCUCUGCUACGGCAAGAACGAGGCAGAGAAGAGAGUCCUGGCGGCGCUGGCGCAGAGCUCAUCCUCUACAACUGUGGAGAAUCCCUGCUUCCCUGUGGGCUUCAACACCAGUAUGCCCGCUGCCAACAUCUUUGGGAGCCCCUGCACACAGCAGCCCCCCAGCUAUGACCCCGGGCAACAGCUUCACCUGGUGGGCACAGGGGACCCUGCAGGCUGCAGAGCCAUUGUCCAAAGCAUAUUCGACCUGGCAUCCUGCCAUGGCCGGGCCAACUGCUCCUUCGCCGGCGUGUACCAGCCAGACAUAUCCGGGGAUUUCAUGGCCUAUGCUGGAUUCUACUACACGGCUGCAGCUCUGAAACUAGGAAGCUCUUUCACUCUGGAAGCAUUCAACUCCACUGCCUGGGCCUUCUGCUCUACAAACUGGACAUCCCUUAAAGAAAACUAUGCAAUACGGGAGAUUUAUCUGAAGUCUUACUGCUAUUCAGCAAACUAUGUCUACACUCUGCUGGUGGAGGGCUACAAGUUCACUGCUGAUACAUGGAACAACAUUCAGUUUAAAAAAGAGGUGAAGAAGAACAGUAUAGCCUGGUCCCUGGGCUACAUGCUGACCCUCUCCAACAUGAUCCCGGCAGAGGCCAAGCUGCUGCGGCUGCCCAUGGAUAACUCUGUCUUUGCCGGCCUACUGUUCAUGUUCUCCGCUUUAGCCAUCCUCAGCCUCAUGUUCCUCAUCAUUUCACUGGUGCGCUCCUGUUACUGACAUCCACCAGAGGGCAGUGCUGAGAUCUCACGGCCUGUGAGAGGAUACGACCUCUGGCCACAGCA